CCUGCUAAAUUGUGCCGAAGGAAACCCUAAAACGUUAAAGCGGAAGCAGCAGCAGCUGUAAAAACCUUAACAAUGACGCAGAAAGACAAUCUAUUCAAAGGGCAACAAAAGAGGAAAACAAUCCCUCCUAAUCGCCAUGGCAAAGUACCCAUUACACGCAAAGGAAAGAGAUUUGUGAAGCCAUCAAAGACUACAAAGGAGAUGGAUGUUGAUAGGGAGUUGAGCAAAUUCAUUAAUCAAUGCAAUGAGGUGAAAGCAGCCACAAUUGCUAACAAGGAAGGUGGCCAACUAAGUAUUGUCAAGGCACCACCAGAAACUUCUGGUGUUGCAAAGAAAUAAAUUUAGGCGAUGCUACAGAAGUAUGACGUAGGAAUUUACAUUAACUUGAAACAUGUCCAGAACCUGGUAGUUUGGUGAUUUCUUGUUCUUUCUAUUUUGUUUUCACUCCUUCCCAGAUCUGGAUGAUUCUUUACUGUCUUACAAUUUUUCUCUUUCUUGUAAACUUCAUUUCAUUUACGGUUGAAACAAGGGAUUUUGUUGUCCA